AUGCACAAGAUUAAACUUAGAAAUGCACCUCCAAAAGCCGCAUACUUAUACUGGCCAGAUGGAGAACAAGCACUAAUUGAGGCCGAAACCUAUGUGGAAAGGCUUAUUUUUGAUAAACAAGAAUACAAAGAAUGAGAGUUAUCCCACCUUGGCCAGCUUGAGAAGCUUCUCCAUAAUUGCACAGAAUUGGCCAAAAGUGAGCUACUGAGAUUUUUAUAUGGGCAAGGCUGGGAUUUGAAAAAAACUGUUGAAGCAAUUAAAGCUCACUAUCAGUGGAAAUCCGAGUGGCCGAACUAUAUGAGUGUAUAUCCAUUGGUGCAGAAUAUCUUGAACUCAGGUGGCGUCUAUAUACAUGGUCGAGAUAUUUAUUAUCGACCCUUAAUUAUACUUAAACUGUCCAAACUUGCUCAAUUUCCUUAUCAAGAGCACAUAGCGUGUGCUUAUUUUUUGCUGGAAUUUAUAAUGGACUCAAUGUUUUUACCUGGGCAAAUAGAAAACUGGGUAAUGAUUGUAGAUUUUGAAGAUUUCAAUGAAGUAAAUCAAAAUCAUGUAAGAAAAUUAAUUAUGGAAUUAUAUACACAUUAUCAAUGCCGACUUGCGAAGGCAUAUGUUAUCAACCCAUCUCGGUUGUGGAAAUUACUUAUUAAUUUAUUACCAAAUAAUACACUUAAGAAGUUUGUGGUUGAUGACGUAGAAAAACAAUUGUUAAAGGAUUUUGGCCCAAGCCAGCUUGAAAUUAAGUACGGAGGGACCGCAAGCAAUUUAAAACGUUUUUGGCCGCCUAGAAGGCUGAAAUACAAUCCUUGCGAAGACGUUUUUUCAAGCUGCUCAAGUAUUCCAGACUCUCCUCUCAAGCAAAACCGAAAUUCAUUCGAAACCUCAAUAAGGCUCGAAGGAUGCAGCAGUUUCUUAUCUAGCAACAUGGACUUUAAAGAAGAAAUCUGGGAACAAUGUGAACAAGAGUCCAACACUUUCAGCUUUCUCCAAGAAAAUGAGAAAAAUAUCGAAGAAGAGCACCAAGAUGUGAUCAAUUUCGAAAACUUCGCCCAAAGCAAUAAAGAAGUAAAGAGCCCUUCAGAAGAGAUGACUAGAGCAUCAUUGAAAGUCCCAAUACCUCCGCGAACUUUUUCUAUCGAAAACUAUGAAAUAGAGCCAGUUUGGUUCUGCAAUGCAUGUGUGGGAGAUAAAAAUUCUUCAUGCUGCAUCAUGUAA